AGGAUUCGUCAGUUCAUAUUUCUCACUUGUUUUCCUCGUCGCCAAUGUUAGAUCUGUCAUCUAAAGGGACACAAGAGUCCAAUAUGUGGUUGCAUAACAAUCUUUAAUGCUCACACAUUCGCACACAUUCGCACACAUUCGCACACAUAUGAUCACACUCGAUUACAUGAUUACGUCAUAGCUUUAUCCUAGGCUCCAGGAUACUGCAAAAAUAACAAGAAGAAUUACUAUUAACAUAUUUAUAUUAUAAAUUAUAUAUAUAUAUAUUAAAAUAUGUGUUAUGUACAUAUACAGGCAAAACCAGUGGUUGCAUCAGCAAAACACACUGUCUGGACAGUCAGGAAAAAAGAUCUUAUGUUUCAAAAAGGGACAAAAAUUACCAUAAUAGACAGAUAUGGAACGAACAAGUAUUUGUGUCAGAAUGACAAAGCUGAAUUAGGAUAUGUCAAUGAAGAAAACAUAAGUUUCAAGAUUGCACCAGUAGAAUUAACACUUAACAAACCCAAGAUAAGUAGUCCCUUUGGCAUGCGUCACACUAACUGUGUUGCAAUAUUGAAGAAACAUAAAGAGACUGGGGUGUUUCCUGUGGAAGUGGAAAAUCUCGUAGCGCUAGCUGCAAAGGAUUCACAAGCAAAUAUCUCUGUUGAACCCAAACCAUGCUCUUCACAAGGUAACGUGCAUGUUGAAAUGUUGCUUAAUACACAGUGAUAAUGAUGACUACUAAUGCUGCUGCUGCUG